UAUCAAACCUUAAAUAUACAUUCCAUUUCCAUAAUAUGCUUAAAAACGCAGUUGCCUUGGUAACCGGUGGCGCAUCUGGCCUUGGUCGUGCUACGGUAGAACGGUUCGCUCGUGCUGGGUAUAAUGUGUUGCUGUGCGACUUACCUACCUCAAAGGGACAAGAAGUGGCUAAAGAAUUGGGAGAAAAAGUUGUAUACGUUCCCGUCGAUGUACUGUCGGAAAAAGACGUAGGUGGAGCGCUGGAACUGGCUAAGAGCAAGUUCGGCCGGCUGGAUGUGGCGGUAAAUUGUGCCGGCAUCGCAGUGGCCGUCAAGACGUACAACUUCAACAAAAAAGUGGCCCACAAGCUGGAGGACUUCCAACGCGUGCUUUUGGUGAAUACGGCCGGAACGUUUAACGUGAUCCGCUUGUCGGCGGGUCUAAUGGGUGAGAAUGAGCCAAAUGUAGAUGGCCAACGAGGAGUGAUAGUAAACACCGCCUCGGUAGCCGCCUACGACGGUCAAAUAGGACAAGCAGCGUAUGCGGCAUCUAAGGCGGCCGUAGUUGGCAUGACACUGCCGAUCGCGCGUGACUUGAGCACGCAAGGCAUCCGAAUUGUAACGGUCGCACCUGGACUAUUCAAUACGCCGAUGCUGCAAGCGUUGCCCGAGAAGGUACGUGCAUUCCUUGCCAAGACAGUCCCCUUCCCACAACGUCUUGGAGAACCGGCUGAGUACGCCCAGCUAGUUCAAAACAUUGUCGAUAACCCUAUGCUGAACGGCGAGGUCAUUCGCUUGGAUGGUGCUCUUCGCAUGAUGCCGUAAUCGUCUGUUCACGGUUUACUACGGUGAUUCAAUAACGGAUGCAUUUAUUCAGUACCUCAACGAUUCGUAGCAGAAGUUGAACAGUGUUCUAACACGUCUAACCAUGGUGUAUGUCUAAAAGUGCAGAUAUUGUGCAAUUAAAAAAAAACAAAGC